CGCGCCGCCCCCCGCCCCGCGCCGCCGCCCGGACCGAGACCGCGGGGCUGGGUAGAGUUCGCGGUCGGCGCCCUCCAGCGCCCCUCCGCGACCCUACUGGGGGUCCCCGGCCCUGCAGGCCGCCCGGAGAGUCGUUGGCAGCGGGCGCCGCUCGGUAGGAUAUUUCUGCAUCUUGAAAGGAAGAUAAAGCAAAAAUCUUUGAAAUAGAUGGCUCUUUGCUACUUUCUGUGAACUAAAGUGAUUCAAUGUCUCUUUUGGAUUGUUUCUGUACUUCACGAACACAAGUUGAGUCACUCAGACCUGAGACGCAGUCUGAAACCAGUACCCGGCAGUGCUUGGUUGAUGAACCCACCCUUUCCUGGUCACCUCAAUCUAGAGCCAGUGAGGUGCUAUGUUCCACCGAUGUCUCUAACUAUGAACUGCAAGUGGAAAUAGGAAGAGGUUUCGACAACCUAACCUCUGUGCAUCUUGCACGGCAUAUUCCUACAGGAACACUGGUAACUAUAAAAAUCACUAAUCUGGAAAACCUCACAGAAGAGCGCCUGAAAGCUUUACAGAGAGCAGUGAUUCUAUCCCACUUUUUCCGGCACCCCAAUAUUACAACUUACUGGACAGUUUUCACUGUUGGCAGUUGGCUUUGGGUAAUUUCUCCAUUUAUGGCCUAUGGUUCAGCAAGUCAGCUCUUAAGGACAUACUUCCCUGAAGGAAUGAGCGAAACUCUAAUAAGAAAUAUUCUCUUUGGAGCAGUACGAGGGCUGAACUAUCUGCACCAGAAUGGCUGCAUUCAUAGGAGUUUUAAAGCCAGCCAUAUCCUCCUUUCUGGUGAUGGCCUGGUGACCCUCUCUGGCCUGUCCCAUCUGCAUAGUCUGGUUAAGCAUGGACAAAGGCAUAGGUCUGUGUUUGAGUUCCCACAGUUCAGCACCUCAGUGCAGCCGUGGCUGAGCCCAGAACUGCUGAGACAGGAUUUACAUGGAUAUAAUGUGAAGUCGGAUAUUUAUAGUGUUGGGAUUACAGCAUGUGAAUUAGCCAGUGGGCAGGUACCUUUUCAGGACAUUCACAGAACUCAGAUGUUGUUACAGAAGCUUAAAGGUCCUCUGUAUAGCCCAGUGGAUCUCAGUAUCUUCCCUCAAUCAGACUCCAGAAUGAAAACUUCCCUAUCAGGUGUAGACUCUGGGAUUGGAGAGAGUGUGCUUGUCUCCAGUGGAACUCAAACUGUCAGCAGUGACCGACUGCACACACCAUCCUCAAAAACCUUCUCUCCUGCCUUCUUCAGCUUAGUACAGCUCUGUCUGCAGCAAGAUCCUGAGAAGAGACCAUCUGCAAGCAGUUUAUUGUCCCAUGUAUUCUUCAAGCAGUUUUUAACAGAUGAGGGAAGAAAGCCAGGACUCCGUCCUCUUGCAUUUGCCUCCUGCCUGUAACAAGCCAUCAACAGCUCUGUCACCGGUGUUGCUUUGGCCAGAGCCCAAGUGUGAUUUUCCUGAGGAGCGAGGCCCAGCUUGGGAGUUCUAGGGCUGCCACAUUGUUUCAUGUCCUGUAUACUUGACACUUUCUCCUCGCUGCUUUUUCUCCUGUAUUUAUAGGUAUAAAUGCCAGAAUUAUACUUGAAAACACAGUUGGUGCACUGGAGAAGCUGUUCUUUAAACCACUUUGCUCACAGGGACAGUGAUUCACAGCCCUCUGCUCUGACCAGCGUGUUCUCACAACUCCAGGGAAAUGUCAGCAUUACUAAUUAGCUACAGUUAAUUGGUCUCAUCUCUUCUUGAACUUCCAAGCUGUGACUACUUUUCUCAGCAUAAUUUUUGAGCCAGUUAAUUUUUCGAUGUUCUGCUGUCUUCUUGGUAAUGAACAAGUCCUCCGAGGACAGUGCUUCCAAGGACAUCAUCGUCUUCCAGAGUCUUGGGCCUUUGUGACCAGUUGCUGUUAGAUCAGCAGGCUAGUUGGUCCUGGCACCAAACCCUUUUUGGAGAAAGGAAAAUGUUCAUGCUCCCAUUUUUCUUCUGUUAAUAUAUAUGGUAACAUCAAACUGAGCCUCACUUACAUUAAAUGAUUCACUUGAGAUACAUAGAGAAGAUACCAUUUGCUUUUUUUUUAAGGGGGGCAAAAGUAAUACUUUUCUAUCUGUAAAUUAUCAAUCCUAAAUUCACGUGCACCUGUCAAUAAAGAUCUACUGAGUGAGUUGA